AUGUCUUCUUCUGAAACCAUUGCCUUUCUAGUAGCUGCAGCAAUCCUAGCCUUUGGUGGGCUCAUCUUCAAUGGUUUUAUUGUCACAGUGAUAACUAUUGAAUGGACCAAAUCCAGGAGCUUGUCUUCCAUAGAACUUCUUCUUCUGACUCUUGGUCUGAGCAAUUUCUGGAGCUCAGUGUUGUUGACUCCAUUUUACAUCAAUGAAUAUGCCAUGAGAAUAUUCAGUGACUUAAUGUUACAGAUACUCUUCUUUAUAAAUGUUUUUCUUGCCAUGUCCAGAUUUUGGUUCACGGCUUGGCUGUGUGUCUUCUACUGCAUAAAGAUCAUGAACAACACACAAAAGUUCUUCCUUUGGUGCAAGCUGAGGAUAUCAUGGCUAAUACCCCGAUUUCUUGUGGGGUCUCUGGUUUUCUCUUUCAUUCCUUCCUUUUUGGCUUCCCGUAAUAUUUGGAUACAACUCCAAAAAAAUACAACAAAGAAUUUUACAAACAUGACUCAGAGAAAGGAACUGGAACACACCUUGGGUGCUCUUGAAAUCAUUUUUGUAGUUCUUGGUGCUUCUGGUCCCCUUCUUGUAGUUUUGCUUUGCUCCAUCCUGGUUGUUACUUCACUUUGUAGACACUCCUACCGGAGGAUGGAUAAAGAAUCUAAUUUGAGGAGUCCUCAAACAGAGGCUUGUAUCAAGGCAGCUGGGACAGUGCUCUCCCUCCUGUUCCUUUAUGCUUCAUUUUAUUUGACACACACCUUAUCUAUGGUUGUAGAUCUGAGAAUUAAAAAAAAUCCACAUUUUAUCACAUUAGUUUUUAUUGCAUACCCCCCUGCUCAAGCUACCAUCCUGCUUUUGAGUAAUCCCAAGUUAAAGCAGGCAGCUGCCUGGAUGAUGCAAAGAAGAAAGCCUUAA